UUUGAGAUUUUUUUUAGUUGGAAUUCUCUUGUCGAUCGCUCCUCUAAUCGGUCAUUGAUUGAGUCUGAAGCAGUAAAAUUGUGCAUAUUUCUAUAAUAAAAAAUCAAUUAAAUAAAUUCACAAUGAAAGUGCUAGUGUUUCUGUGUUUAGCCGGUUUGUGUCUAAUGAUGGUCGACUUUGCAUUCAGUUUGCCCCUCGAAUUGUGCUCAGAGGUUUGUCCCUUAAAUUUAACUCUGAUUUGCGCUACAAAUGACGUAUGCUUGAGAGCUUUUAGCAACUCAUGUGAUUUAGAUUUCCAUAAUUGUCUAAACGAUGAAAAAUUUAGAAAUGUCGAUGCGGAAUAUUGCAAAUCAUCCAGUUAUGUGCUGUGCAAUGAAGAUGAUCAAAAUAUCAUCUCAUCGUUUUCGUAGGUUAACAUAAUAUACCAGGAAGCCGAGUUUGUAAUAAUUUAUAAUUUUAAAAUAAGCUGUGAUACAAAUACUUCUUGAAGUGGAAAGGAGUUUGACAAAUAAAAUAUUUUAACAAAUAAAACAAGUUUUAAA